AUGUUUAGUCACAUUGUUUUGCUGCUCUACUACUUGUCCGUAAUAAUUUCCCAGGAGUACUUGGCCAUCGAACUCACGCUCAAGGUGAUCGAAUCCAUUGCGGAUAAUCAUGGUGGACACUUUACCUGGUGGAUCUACAACUUGGAAGCAGCGGAUGAUGGCUUCGUUACGGCCCUACUGGAAGCACCCCACAUUCGAAACAUACCUCGCCAGGUCUUGAGCACGACCAGUAUGACUGUCGUUAAUCCUCUCGAGCACGCUCCUUCGCUGAUCGUGAUUCGUUGUGUGGUUUGUGGUCCUCGAAAUGACUGGGAGCAUUUGAAGUAUGCUAAUGUAUCGGUUGAAACUAGGAUCUUGGUGGUUCAUCAGUGCGAAGGUGACAAGCAGUUUGAGUGGAUGUUUAGUUUGUUUGAAAAGUUAAAGCUGGUGAAUACUGUAUUUCUGGAUUUGGAAGAUAAUAUGAUUGUUCAUGCGAUGGUUUUCAAGCGGGAACUGGUCGUGAUCAGCAACUUUGAAGUACCUCCAUCGGAGUUGUUUGUAGAUCACGCACGGGACCUGUACGGUUACAGGAUAUCGGUUUCGAUGUCAGAUCCAAAGCCGGAGACGACGAUCUUUAAAAAGUUUAAAAAAGUUAUUGGUCGUGACUUUCAGUGGAUAGAACAAACUGCGGAUCAUUUGAACGGAUCGGUGGACAUAAAAAUCAUCGAUUGCUCGCGUCUCUCGACUGCAGAGUGUAGCUCCAAGAGGAUGUAUCAGUCGAAUAAAAAGCAACACGACAUCAGUCUGGAUCCUUCGUAUGCCACUCGAAUGAAGUACUUUUUCAUCGACGGUGUGGAGCCGGAUCGAUCGGUUAUUAUGGUUCCGGGUGGUCAAAGAUUGACUCCACUCGAAGUGUUUAUCGUGCCAUUUCACUUGUAUGUUUGGGUAAUGCUGACUUUGCUAGUCAUUGCUUGCUGGACACUUGUUUUGUACUACGCGAACACCUUUAUUAACGACCCGAUACUGGCUGCCCUGAGUGGAAUCGAGAGGAGGAGUUUUCAUCUUACUGGGAAGCCAGAGAAGAUGCUCAUUCUAAUACUCUCAAUACUAUUUUUCAUCAUGCUCCAAGCAUACGAGACCAAGAUCAUCGCCAUGAUGACCAGCUAUCCGUACAUGUCAGACCCUCGCGACCUGGAAGAUCUCGAGCGUUUUGGGAUCAAGGUCCGCCACAUAGAAGGCAACUCCAAGUACACCUUCAGCAACAAUGCCGAGCUGCAGAGUUUGAUGCAAACUGUGACAACCCGUAACGUUUCGGAGAUCUUCAAGUACGCGGUUAUCGGGGAGGAAAACUUACUCAAGCUGAUCAUCAGUAUUUCCAGACAUAUCUAUAACCGCGAUGGACGGUUCAUCAUACUGAAGGACUACCAUCUGGGACUCGCCAUCCGGCAGUACUACAUGGCCCAGCGGAGUCCGCUGGCGAAGGAGUUCAAGCGCACUCAGCGGAUCUUCUUCGAGGUUGGACUGAGCCGGUUCUGGAUGGACCAGGUGAUGCACAUCUAUCAGCUGCGCGCACGAUUGGAUGACUUUAAAGCUGGAGUACAACUGGAACGCUCCGAAGGCGAUGGCAAUCUUGGAAUUGACGAAAUGGCUCCGGCUUGGUACGUUAUUUUGAUUGGAUGGCUCUGCAGUGCUGCAGUUUGCAUCUUUGAGGUUAUCUACAGCCGUAUUAGUUACUGGAAGAUUGAUAAUAAAAUUUAA